AUGGGAAGGUCCAUGUAUAACCCUUUCUGUCUAAAAAUGAUGGUCGCUAGUCUCCCACUACACCGUUCACAUUACCUUCAGCCAGUUGCAGUCAUGACUACGCCUCUGCCCUUUCCAAUAUGUCCAUUGCCUAAAAAAACACUUCUUCGUGCAAUCGAAACUAUGAAGAUUAAAGAUUUAAUAUGUUUCUCGUUUACAUCGAAUUUCGCAAAGAAUAUAGUGGGAGCUUUGAAUCUAAAACUUUACGAUAUAAAGUGCAUGAUGGGAGGUGACGCACACCACCUAUUGUUUAAUAUUUGUAAAAACAUUAUAUACGUAACGAUAGACUUUCUGUCUGAAAAUUAUUUAAUCAGAUCCAACAGACCUCCCGAUGUUGUAUGCAGACUUCCAGGAAUAAAUGCAAAAGCUUUCUUAAAUCAUAUUCUUGAAACUUUUCAUUAUCCUACGAUUGACUAUUUCUCAUUUUCUCUGAAUACACGUGAUGGUCAAUGGAUUUAUAAAGUUCUCAAUGGAAUGCAAAUCCAGAAAAUGGGAAUAGACGAUGUUUACACGGACUGUGCCGAAACUGACAAAAACGCUAUAAUAAAGUUAUCCCAACUUUCUCACAACAUUAAACUUAAUAAUACUCAUCGAGGCGAUGCUCAAUUUGGAGAAGAAGAUUCAUGGAAUACUCAUGGGCAACAUGAAGCUUCUACGUGUGGAGUAUUGGCCAAAAUUUAA